UCAUCACUUACAGGUGUUGCCCACCUAUACCACCACCUCCAUUUGGUAUCCGCUACUCUUCUUGUCAUGGCCAUGGCCAGAAUGGUCAUCUUUCAGGUUUCCAUAAUGACAAACAACAAGCCAAUGCUAAAUCUCAGGAAUUGGAUUGCUUUACACCAAUGCUGAAUCAUGUACCAAAUGCAGUGUUAGACAACCAUUUGGAUACCAAAGGUGGUUAUCCUGAUGAUCUGAGCAGCUGUAAAAUAAAUGGUUGUACUCAUCCAUUGAUGAGUAGUAGUCGUAAUGUACUCCAAAUACCAUGGAAUUCUGAAGUCCACAUUACAGAAAAUCCACAGUGUGUAACAGGGGUCACCGAUGAUUGCCUACCAGUGCCCAAGAAUCGAGUCAGGUACAGGUCAAGUGACAAGAAAGCGAGUGAAGGAUGGACUGAGAUUGGUGAUCACGUGUCUGCUACUCCUCCACUACUGCACGAGUGUGGUGAUAACAACCAAAAACAGUCUCAGGCCAGUACACAGUCAGCAGCGGAAGGGGUUUCACACCAGAACUCCAUUACUAAGCCACUUUGUGAAGUUCAGGCAACUUCUUCUCUCAGCCACGCAUCUUUAUCACCCGCUAAUUUUCCUUGGGACUCUUCUGUUCAGACCUGAUAAGAAUCAGUAAGUCUCCUUAACCAAGUCUGGUACACUUCUUGUUCUGUUAGCAGUAGAGAACUGCUGCGGAAGAUUAACCAGGUUUGGUUCUUGCAUCAGUGGAAGCGGGUAUUUUUACACACAGUUUUAUAUUUAUGUUAGUAAAGAUACACAUUACACUUUAUAUAAUGUUUUCCAUUCUACCAAACAUACGUAUGUGAAUUAACAUUUUACUGAGAGCAAGGAAAAGAUAUAACACGUAAACCUUAGGUUUACUGAAAACUUCCCAUAGUUUCGUAUUAUCCAGAUCUUGAACAAGUGAAUGGAUGCCCACACAAAUAAAUGGACAACAGCCAUUGUGGAAUGUGUUUCGUUAAACAUGUCUGUUGUCAGUACCUUAUGUGGCUAGGAGCUUGGAACUUAAAACUCAUCCAUCCAACACUAAUACACUUGUGAAGCUGUUCCUGCAUAUUUGAAUGAGAACAUUCCAACUACUUGGUAGUUAUUACUGGAACUUGGAAGGAAAUCCUUGAGAUCCUGACACAAUGGAAAUAGAUCUUUGGCAAAAAAAUAUCUGCACCUUUUUAUCAUGCUGUCAUAGAUGUCGUGUGGUAAUUGUCCCUUUAAAAAAAAAUUAGUGUUUUUUUUUUAUCUAUUAAAAAUCUCAGAUAUUUUUUUAAAGAUUCUUUUCAUUUUCACAAUAAUUUUUCAUUUUGUUUUGAUUUGUUUUAGUUCCUUGCUUUUUAGACACCUGACUAGUGCUCAUAAUUUAAACAAAUUUAAAACCUGAGCUAUUUAUCGUUUUAGCCAUAUUCAGGUUCUGCAGCAAAAAAAAUCCACCUGGAUUCCAUUUUUUUCUUGAAUACAAUGUAUAUUAAUGUACUUUAUUUGAAGUUUUACAUAAGUGUCAUAUUUAGCACAAUUAAGAUUAUUUCUACCAGGUUAACUUCUUCUUGCAAUGUUGUUUUUCUUUUACAACAAGUUAUUUUUUUUACUGAUUUUAUUACAUUCCUAUUACAGCUAGAGAAAUUAGUGGGCUUUAACUGUUUAGGACAAACAAUAGAAACGUAUAAGAGUGCCAAUGUUGUUGUAUUUCAAUCUUAAGGAUAGUCAUCACUUCUUAAUGGCACAUCCAUUGUAGUUUUAAGUGUGUUAUAGUAGAGAAGGACAACCAUUUUCUUAAAAGAUCUGGAGCAUAUUUUAUUACUAUCCUCAUUUUAUCUUUAAGCGGUAUGCACAUUAUCUUAUCUGUUUAUUUCAAAUGACUUGACUGUAUGUGAUACAGAGGUUUAUGGCUUUGUUUCCUACCUCAUUUUCUUCUGAAAAUGUCUUACAUUUAAUGAUUCAGAUAAUGAUUACUGAUCUUUUCAUGAUAAUAAAAAAACCAUGUACACUCAUAACAGAAGUUAAGUAGUCAUACAUUUCAGCAUUAGUUAGUAGAUAUAUUGGUUUUGCUUCAAACUUGUCAUUUCUUAGAAAAAGAAAGUAAUUGAAUUUCCUUAGUUGUUUUGAGUUUAUUAAUGACUAAAGCAUUGUGCACACACACACAUAUAUAUGUUAAAAUAGUAUGUAUUAUAAGAACCUAAAAACUGAUACAAAAAUCGCUAUGCAACUGCUUAGACAGUUAAUGUACAACUAUUAUAGCUCUGCACUUUGUCCAUACAAUAUAUUACACUUAUACAUGUCUUGAGAAAUUUCUUGGAAAUAUUUUUUUUUUUUUACAAAGGUAUAGAAUAAAUUGUAUUUCCUUAACAUACAUGUGACAUUAGAAUUCCAUGAGCCUAGUUCUUGUUCUGUUUAGUACCUGCAGUUUUUCAGAAUAAUAGAUCUGUUUGAAAUCUAGUAUCUUCAACCACCACAUUACCUUCAGUGCCUUCUCAGCAAGAAUUUGGAGAAAGUUCCACCAUUGUUAGCUAAGCAUAAUUUUUCUUGGUUUUAGUGAUUUAAAAAUGCACAAAUUGGUGUGUUAUAUCACAAAAAUAUGAUAAUAAUACAGGAGGAAGUGUACAAAUGCAACCAAAACAAGUAAACUGAUGUUAAAACAGCUACAAGUUAAUGAGAUUUGAUUUGUUGUGAUCAUUAUUCAUUCUUGCUGUCUAAAUAAGUAAACUUCAGCACAAUGAGUGUUGAGGGGGCUGAAGAAGCAACACUACCUACUGCCUGUGAAAGGUUAGCUGAGUUUAAGCAUCAGUAAAGCAUUUUCUCCUACCUCAUUAUACUUUUACUGUGGUGCAUACUUGGAGGGCUCCAACUCAGGGAGUCAUUUCGUACAGUAGUCCCUCUAAGAUGUUCCCUCAUUUUAUGUAAAUGGACAUAAUACUUUAUUAUAAUUUGUAUUUUUGUAUGGGACACCUGAAAAAAUUACACUUGUAUUAUUUCUGUUACAGGAUUACAGCAGGAUCUAUUGAGAUCUAUCAGAAUAUUUGGAUUCAAUAGAUAUGGUACUGUUAGUAUAAGCAGAACGUUUAUUUUAGUUAAUCUGUGUUGGUAGUUGAUUUGCCAAAGUUUAGAAGUCAGUAGUAAGACAGCUACAAUGGUGAAAAAAAAAAGUUAAAUGAAAACAAAAUUGUCAGACAUACUGGAAUGUGUUUAGGGUAAAAUGAGCAAUAGUAAAACAAUAAUAAUUUGAAUUGCAAUUACAAAGAAAUUGUGAAACAUUCAAAAUCUUCUCAAAAACAGAACAUCUUAGUUAAAAUAGGAAAUUCAAAAGGAGGGAUACAGUUAAAACCAAGGUACAAACCUCUGCAUCAGCUGAAACACCAGAUGAAAAAUUGUAUAGGUUUUAAGAAUGAAUUAUCGUUCAUAUUUAAGGAUUCUAAAAUCCCAACUGCCUGUCUAGCCAUACAAAAUUCGUUUUUAAGUUAGUAGUAUUUUUAAAAUAACAGCAGAUGGCAAAGUCACUGGACUUUUAAAACUAGGAUUUCUUCUGUUUAACAUAUCCAGAUUCAAGGUAUUCACUGGUAUUUUGUUUCAGCAAAACAAAUGGUUUUACAUUUAAUUUGUAUAAUUGUUAAUAGGCUGCACAUAAAGAAGUGUAAAAAGACCUUACUUUAAUAUUUCUGUUGAUUACUAAUGCAGACAGGGUGUCUAUAGAUAAUGGAAGUUUUUGAUUCUGUAAAACAUUUUCUUGAGUAGUUUUAAAACUUCAUUUUUUGGCUUUUAGAAUAUAGUAACUAUUAAUGAAUGUGGAUACAAAACUAACAAGGUUUGUAGAUGAAAGUUGUUACCAAGAAAGUACAAAGUAAAUAUUUAUAACAAAAGGUAUUGUGACUUCUGUUAAGACUUGAAAAUGAAUAAAAGUUGAGCGAUGUCAGUUAUUUAAUUUGAAUGCAGUUUCAUUCCACUGUCACUGAAAAUACGAUUACUGCAUUUCAAAGUGUCUGAAGUUUUUUAUUAAGCAUUAAUUUUCUGCUUCUAAGGUAUUAACCUUUUAUAUUAGUAUGUCAGUAGUAUUCUGCAAUAAAAUAUCUUUUAAUAUAUUAAAUAAUAUGUUAGAUAUACAUGAUGUAACCUGUAGAAAAAUUUAAAAUUAUUUUUAUUCAAAUUGUCUCGCUACUCUUUUAUGCUUGGGAGCUUAAGAUAAAUAAUCCUCAUGUACAUGACCUACUUCUGGUAAAGGAAAUAUUGCAAUGGUUAUUUUACUAAUAUUAUCCCAGAUUGGUCAUUCAAGUGUGUGUUGUCACAAUAUCCAAUAAUUUUUUUUUCAUUCAUGCAAGUCCCCCAGUGGGAUGGCGGUAUGUCUUCAGAUUUACAACACUAAAAUCAGGGGUUCGAUUCCCCUCAGUGGACACAGCAGAUGGCCUGAAGUGGCUUUGCUAUAAGAAAACAAGAACACACAUUCACAUAAAGUAACCAUUUUGUUUGUUUUUUUGUGUUGUAUCAAAAUAGCAUAAAUUUAUGCAUAUUCUUUUGCAAAUACAAGUGAAUGGAUGCAUUUAAAUUCUAAAUAACCAUUGCCAAGAAAAGGUUGAAAAUGAAAUAUAUAUAUAUUAAAUAAGUUUUGAUAAUAAUUAUUUGAGAGCUCAUGGCUAUUCAUGAUGAAUACACAUAUACUGAUGGUGUGUUUUUUGUAUGCUGAAAACUUAAUUCACUGAAGUUUUGUGUAUAAUGGUGUAAUAUUUAAAUAGAGUUGAGAGGUUACCAUCUAUUUGUAAAAUUAUAGGUAAAAGCUUGUUACUAGCUCACAAAUGAAGUGUAACUUUUUCUGGUGCCUCAUCUUGAGGACCAUGAUUUAAGGAUUGAAUAUAUGUGUAUGUACACAAGUGUUGUGCUUCAUAUUGUAGUUUAGACAUCUGUCUUUUUUAUCUCAAAGGCAGCACGAUGUUUCAUUAUUGUUGUUCAAAGAAAGAGUUGCACAUCUUAUGUAAUGCUCAUAGGUAAAGCCAUAAUGUGGAGGCUAUAGCAGUGUUCCCUUCUUUAUGUAAACCAUUGAAAGUACUACUUACAUUUUAUUGCUAACCCAGAGUAGUGGUAUGUAUAUAUGGAGUGAAUCACUGUGUAUGUGCAGAGAUCAGUUGUCUUUAUGAAGAGUUGUGUUUGGAGAAAGUCUUUAAUUGUCUUUGUUUAUUGUGUCCUAUAUUACCUACUGUCUUGAAAACGGGUUUUAGGUACUGUGGCCACAUUGUACUUGCUGGUAAACUUGUGGAAGUAGUUAAUGAAAGCUGUUCACUUUCACUUUGACAUUUGUUCUUUGUUGAAAAUAUUAUGAAGCAUAAGAGAUUUUUGGCCUACUAUAAGACAUAAAAGCAGUAGAUUUUUUGGAAGCUAAGGUGUAAUUUUAUAGUCCUAAGUUCAUAAGGUAUCUUUGUUUUAAACGUUGUUCUGUUAAAGAGUUUACAUACAAUACACUAUGUCGGUUUUGAAAUGAUAAUUCAGAAAUACGUGAUACAAUAAAUAAUUUGUCUUUAUUUUCUUUAUAUUAUUAUUUUUUUCUCUCAUCCUGGCUUUAGUUAUUGGGAAAUUUUGUCUGCAGAAAAGUACAGAGAUGUAAAAAUAUGAUAUUGUGUACAUAGCUUACUAUGUAAAUAUAUAUACUAUGUGUAUGCAAUUUUUGUGUGUAACUAAUGUUUAUGGUCAAAAACUCUUUUCAUAUUUAAAGAAUUGACCCUUUUAGAUGGUUUUUUUUAUUCUUUGUGUUAUGCUGAUAUAUUAACCACACCAUUUAAUUAAGAAUAGAUGUACAGUAUGUCAAUAAUAGUAUUUUAAUCAUAUUGGUAGAUAUAUUUUAUGAGUAUAUUUUAACAAAACUUUAUAUGAAACUUAAAAAUUUGGUUUGACUGAUGUUCCACUAAUGGAGCAAGAAGAGAUCUGAGUUUAAAUCCUGUCACUUAUCACUUACUAAUGUGUUUUUGUCAAUGUUCAGAUAGUAGAGUUGGUUCUAAGUUGGCUACAUCUUUCUUUCAUUUAACCUGUUGUAAAAAGAUGUACGGUAUCGGUAAAUUGAGAUAGAAUGAUAAUCUAAUAGAUUUUUUUCAUUAGGAUAAAUUAUUUUCUAAAUUGACUAUACCUUUCUCUGAUAACCUAUUUUAAGAGGAAUUAAAGCCUUGAAAACCGAAGUUAGAAAAAUAAUUUAAAUGCUGAAAUAGGUUGUUUUUAACUUUGUAUUGAUUUUUCUUCAUGGCCUCUUUUGAGACAAUUUAAAGACCUUAAAAACAAAGUGAAAAAAGUUUUUAAAAGAUUUUUUUGUUGAAUAGACUAUUGGAUACACUUUCCCUUGAAUUAUUUUUAGAGAUUUUCUAAGGGCUAAGAAAAAUAUGUUAGAAAACUAGCUGAAUGUUUUAGUUUCCAUAAAAAAAAAUAAUUCACUUAUUCUUGAUUAUCUGUUUUUAGAAGGACCAAAGUUAUCUUAAAAUUAAGUUAGAAAGCUAGCUGAAAGAAUUUUAUUGAAAUACACUGAAUUGUAAGAUAGCUACACUUAUCUUUGUGUUUUUAAAAGGACCUAAAGUAUCUGUAAAUUACAAUAUGGAACUAAAUUGAAAGAAUACACUAGAUUCUGAGAUAGUCACACCAUUUCUUGAUGAUUUGUUUUCAAUAGUCAUAAGAGUUUAAAAACUAGUGCAAAAGUUUUCAGAAGUCAAUAAGAGCAACUUUUUUAGUGUUGUUAACAUUUCCAGGCAGUUUUUAUCUUGUAGGUAAUUCAUCUUAUAUAUGUCUUAUUGUUAGAGAGUGUUCUAGAGUUGGAAAAGUUCUAAAGAAGGCCACUAUGCAUUGUGCUAACAGAUUUACAUUAGAUGUUCCUUGAUUUCUCCAGGAGACAUAAGCGUUUACUUAUAUCUAUUUGGAUACAAUAGUAAUAGUAGGAUUUAGAAGCAUAACACUGAAAACAUUGGCUGCCAUAUAUAUUUUAUGUUUUAGUAAAAUAUGCAGUUUUGUUGUUUUUUUAAAAUGAAUGUUUCAUUCCUGUAAGUUGUAGGAUUUUAAUGGCAUUAUGUGAAAACAUGAAUAGUAAACAGACAAACCAGAUCACCAGGAAUCUCUUGAUGAAAUUCAUCAUUCCAUUAAUUUAGAUAAAAUAUAAUUGAUUUAUUUUAUUCAUUAAGCUUUUAGCCCAAAUAUUUCUAGUACAAUUUGAAAUUUCUUGUGUCCUUGGUCAUCUUGUUUGACUGCAGACUUUUAAGAGUAAUUUAUCCAUUAUACAUUCAUUUUGAAGGUAUCUAUUGUGCUAUGUUAUGUGUCAGAUUUCAUUGUUCAGUUUUAAGCUACCUCAGAACAUUAUUAUUGUUCACAAAAAACAAAAACUUCAGUAUCACUUCCAUUUGCCAAGAGGUUUUGAGUUUUAAAUUUUCAAAAGUACCAAUGAUUGGCUUUCAUUUCUGUCUUUCAACAAUUUUUCAGAAUGCAGUUUGUAACAAUUGAAAUUGUUUGUACUUAAAUACCUCCAUUUUUAAAUCCUAGCUGUAUAAAUGCUUUUCUCCUGACCUUGGCAAGUGGCUAAUCUGUAUGUUUUCCUAGUUUACAGCUGUACAAGUUAAGAUGAAAUGGUUAUUUUUCUACCAUUUAUUAAAGGUUCAAAUUAAAACCUAGUUUGAAUUCUCAUAGUUCUUGUGUAGGAGAACCGUGGAAGUUUGGGUUUUAUAAAAUACGUAUGAAACUGUAUAUUUCAAACUUGUGAACAUCUUCUUUAAUCAAUAAAAGUUUCAAGUCUUAUGUUA